UGCUUUUUCCUCCGGUGUGCGGCGCAUGCGCACUGGCAGCAGCUUAAGUGGGAGCAACACUCGGGCUUAUAGCAACGGAGAACCCAGCAACGCAAACAACGGGACGUCGGUGAAAGGAACCGGGUUCACCUGAGUCUUUCUCUGUAGUGGUUACUCACACUCCCUUCUUCUAAAGUUCACACCAACACAAACUCAACAAAGGAGGAUGGCGGUGAAUGUCUACUCCACGUCGAUGACCGCAGAUAACCUGAGCCGCCAUGACAUGCUGGCGUGGGUUAACGACUCGCUACAGCUCACCUACACAAAGAUCGAGCAGCUCUGUUCAGGCGCGGCGUACUGCCAGUUCAUGGACAUGCUGUUUCCAGGCUGCAUAUUGUUGAAGAAAGUCAAGUUCAACGCUAAGCUGGAGCACGAAUACAUCCACAACUUCAAAGUCCUACAGGCUGCGUUCAAGAGGAUGAACGUGGACAAGAUCAUCCCUGUGGAGAGACUGGUGAAGGGGAAGUUUCAGGACAACUUUGAGUUCCUUCAGUGGUUCAAGCGGUUUUUCGAUGCCAACUACGACGGGAAGGAGUACGACCCUUUACUGAUGAGGCAGGGCCAGGAGGGAACGCCGCCGCCCAACCCAGGUCAACCCAUUCAUCCUAAGCAUAAAAAGGCCUCCUGCUCAGGCCCCAUGAGGACGUCUCCCACGGCGCCGAAGACCGUUCCUCCUCCUCAGAGGCAGAUCCACACGGCGGCCCGCAGGAGCACUCCGGUUAGCCGGAAUGGAGGAGAUGGCGAGCUGGUGGAGCUCAACCAGCAGAUCAUGGACCUGAAGCUGACUGUGGACGGCCUGGAGAAGGAGCGGGACUUCUACUUCGGAAAGCUCCGAGACAUCGAGCUGAUCUGCCAGGAGAACGAAAACGACAGCAACCCCGUCCUCAGCAAAAUCAUAGACAUACUCUACGCUACAGAGGAGGGGUUUGCUCCGCCAGAAGAUGAAGAGCUCGAGGAAGGACAACGAGGAGACCAGGAGGAGUUUUAAAGCUCCUCCUCCUCUCUUCACCACCGCUCACUCUCUUCUGUCACUCAUCCUUUAAUCUCUCAUUUUUUUGCCCUUUGUGUUCCCGCCCCCUUCAGUUCCCGUCACCGUUUCCUCUGACUCAUCCCGUCUCGUCUGUAGCCGGCCUCACCGGUAGAGACACUAAACGCAGUCUGGACUAACGCUCAGCCGCACGGCUCGGCCCAACCGCCUGAUCCUACCCAGAAAUCAGUGGGACAGCCGCACAGCAGGACCGCUGCCUCCUGCUGGACGUUAACAGAGGUGCAGCUCCGAAGCCAGCAGAUACUAGUUUGUCCACCUGAGGAGGAGGAGGAAGGAGGAGGAGGAGUAGGUCCCUCUCUGGCUCAACGCACUCGGAUGCCCUUUAAGGUGUCUGUUAGGAACCUUCUAGCUGGAAAUUUCACCGAAAUGACCAGACAUAUCAGACUGAACGCUCACAGGAAGUCGUUGUGAGGCCCCGACAUGUUCUCAUCACUUUUUCACAGCCUGUUUAGAAGAAAGCAUGGUGUAUUUAUCUUUUAUUUAUUAAUCUUUUUAAUCUAAACAGCUUCUGAUGAACAAACAGAAAACAGGAUUUGGGGGAUUGAUGGUUUGCACUAAAUGUAGCGAAAGAUUUCCAAAAUGCCAACAUGCAGUGACUGGCUCCUGCCAGAGGAGACACAGGAAGAUGUAAUUUUAUAUUUUGUAGAUUUCGUUUUGAAGAAAUUUUAUUUUCUCUUUUGUUUUUAUUGAAUUUUCUUAACGGCCAAGUCAGAGAUGUUUGUGUAGAAAGGAAUUUACAAUGUUUGGCUGAUAAUUUUAGAAGGAAUAAAAAAAAAUAACAACACUACUAAUGUUUGACUGUAAACUGGGUUAAACAUUUUAGCUGCUAUCAUUACUUCUGUUAUAGUUUUUCAUGUGUUUCAUUGAAGCCGAGGAUGUUGCAGCGCGGGGUUUAAGAGUGUGCUUCACAUCAGACCGCUCACCGCUUGUUACCAUGGCAGCCAUCUGACAAACAUGCAUCCUUUGAAGUUUAGCUGGAAUGAAAUAAAGCUCUGAGGUUUCAGGAAAA